AUGACAGAUCGGCUGCACAAUAUCCGCCGGGCUUAUUACACCCUCCAUGACCGGGUGAAUGUUGCUCUUAGAACGCAGGUGGGCGAUGUACAGCGCUUGAGCCAUGUACGUUCUGAGGCUCUUGUACUGGCAUCUGCAGCUGAAGUGCACCGCACUGUACUCCCUCCUGCUGAAUAUACUCAGCUUCAAUUCAACAUCACUGCCAUCAUCGCUGACUUAGACACUGCUUCACACCUCUCAUCUGAUCCUCCUGACCGUCCUUCUCUCAUUGUUGUCCAAAAAGUUCACACGGGCAGGCGUGGCCGACCAAAGAUCCUCAUUGACCCCACAUUCCUCAAGUUUGCGAUGGAUCUCAGAAAGAACACAGAACUGGGCAACUUCUUCCAUUGCUGUUCACGGACUGUUCGCCGUCGUGCUCUCGAGAAUGAGCUGACUGUUCCAGGCUUUCCUGUGUAUACAGAGGUUCAGGCUGCAGACGGUUCACUGUCACGUGAAUACCACUCAAGCUCUGCCCCUACAUCGACAAUGUCCGAUGUACAGUUAGAUCGAGCUGUCGGUGACAUCCUGCAGGUGUUUCCAGAGUUUGGAAGGAGGAUGAUUGAUGGCCAUCUCAAGUCUCAAGGCCAUAAUGUACCACGUAACCGCGUUGAGGAUUCGUAUGCCCGUGUACAUGGCGCACCAGCAAUUUUUGGAUCACGUCGUCCCCUGGUUCGACGUAAGUACUCUGUACCUGGGCCACUGUCACUGGUGCAUCAUGAUGGCCAACAUGGUCUCAUACACUUCAAGCUCAUCACACACUGCUUCAUUGAUGGCUACUCACGCUUUGUCAUUGGCAUACGAGUGCACAACAAUAAUCGUGCUUCAACUGUACUCAAUUUAUUUCUGGAUGCGAUGGAUCGCUAUGGGGUGCCCAGUCGUGUCCGUGGUGACCAUGGUACGGAGAAUCUUGGAGUAGCGCAGUGGAUGGAGGACUGCAAGGGAUUGGACAGAGGCUCAUAUAUCUGGGGCCGAAGUGUCCAUAACACCCGCAUUGAAUGCCUAUGGGUUGAUGUGACAUCAGGAUAUGGCGAGAAGUGGCUGGUCUUCUUCUACCAGCUGGAGCUACACUGUGGCUGGGACGCUCACAAUCCCGAUCAUGUGUGGUUACUACACCAUCUCUUUCUUCGUGCAAUCAAUGAUGACGCACUUGAAUGGGCACAGGCUUGGAACGCACACCGGAUUUCAUUGCAGGGCUCUCGUGCACGCAGUCCUCGUGAUUUAUUCAUGUUCGGGAUGAUAGAAGAAGGCCCGCGCGGUCUGGAGCAGUUUCUGACUCCCACAGAGGAUCUCGCCGGUGAAUCAUUGGAUGAGUUUGGUAUUGACUGGAGCAGUUACAGAGAUGAUCGGCUCAUGUCUCACUUUUAUGAGCACAAUGCACGCGACAGCACCACCUUCACUCCAAGCUCAGCACCUUCCCACCUUGCACAAGUGGUAUGCGAUGAGCCAAACUGUCCAUUCACUGCUGAGGAGGUUCACGUCCUGGAUGCAAUCCUGGCCGACGAGUUUGACCUUAGCUCACGCAGUAUGAUCGUUCGGCGCUCAAUUUGGGAGAGAGCGGCUGGUUUGUGUGAGGCUAUAGGUCGUGGGGAUCCUGUGGGCCAUAGUGUUGAUUAG